AUGGGCCGGUCGAGGUUUUACUAUGGAUACUUUUCUGCCAGCAUAUGUCGAUCGGCAAGUCGAAUGUUUACGUUGCGUCUUUGCACCAUUCACAGACAAUGGGGUCGAUCAUCUGCUGAUCCACGCGAUGAGGAGAACUUCUUCCCUUCCAUUCAACCGAGCACAAAGAUCACCAGGCCCGGGGCUUAUAGUACGCAUACAUGUCCUUUGCAGGAUAGGAUGUGGGGCCGCGACAUCCCGAGCAGGCAUGAUAUGCAAAAGGACCUCGCAGAGAAUACUGCUCCAACAGCUGCAGAACUUGCCCACUCAAAACUUGCUAUGAUCCUGCCAUUGUCCUAUCUAACUGGAUAG